CUGACACAUCGUCUCGCCGUCUAUGUCCACGAGCGUCGCACCAACUGAAAUCGAUCACAAAUCCCAGACCCUCUCCAAGAGUCCGGGUAGCCUGCCUUAGCGUGGAGCAAUAUCCGGACAGAACCGGGAUACAAGAUGUGGGUCGGUAUCCGGAGUGCGGACAGAACCGUAGUCCGGGGUCAGUGGCUAGGACCAUGCUACUCUCCACUUUCUGUCUGCUGGUGACAGCCUUCAGGUGUGCCCAGUCCCUCUGUUCCCGGUAUGGAAUUUACCUGUCCUGCGAGAAACAGAACCUGAGCCGGCCACCAGUGGUGCCAGCAGGUGUGGAGUACCUCAACCUCAACUGGAACAACAUCAGCCACAUCGAGAGGAGCUCCUUCUCCUGGACGGACGAGCUUCGCAUCCUGGCAAUCGGGAUACAGGACAGUAGGUGGAUGUACGUGGGGCCCAGUGCCUUUGGGAAUCUGCCUAAUCUGACAUCCCUGGAUUUAGGGGGCAACAUUCAACUGCAUUUGGACCUGGAGGCGUUUGUUGGCUUGGGACAACUGCAGACUUUGCAGCUGGACUAUAAUGGCCUGACGGACUCGGUCUUACAAAACGGCUACUUCAGACACUUAACUUCAUUGCACACUUUGGUUCUGGAAGGCAACCAGUUACAACACAUCAGACCAGAUCCAACCUUCUCCAACCUCCCGGCACUGCAGAAUGUUGACUUCAGUUUCAAUCAGAUCCAGCAGAUUUGCAAGGGAGACCUGGCUAAUGUUCAACACAGGUUAUUCAGGACGUUUAACAUCUCCUGGAAUCGCCCUUUGUACGCAAGUAAAUCCUUCAGCUGGGAGAGGUGUGGUAACCCCUUCUCCAACAUCUUCCUAUACACUCUGGACAUAUCUGGCAUUACUCUGAGCAUUCAACAGCUGGAGAAGAUGUUUCUGGCAAUGAGGGGAACCCUCAUCAUCGAGCUGAGGAUGGGAAAUUUGCCCAUCGGGGCAUCAUUCGGUUACAACAACUUCCCCGAUCCCAACAACCAAACAUUUGCAGGGCUCGCCGAGAGUUCUGUCAUGGUCUUGGAUCUCCACCACACAUUCCUCUUCUCCUUGCAGCCCCAUGUCUUCUCACACUUCCCUAUCCUAAAGAUCCUCUCCUUAACUCACAACCGCAUCAGCCCCAUACAGAAAAAUGCCUUCUUCGGCCUGGAAGAACUACUGAGGCUGAACCUUUCCUACAACUUGUUGAGUGAGAUCUACUCAUGGACAUUCGAGGGUCUGCGGAAUGUUUCCUACAUUGACCUACGGCACAACCACAUUGGGGCCAUCCAGUUUGGUUCCUUCAAUGGGCUCACUCAGCUGGUCACUUUAGACCUUCGGGAGAACUCUCUUUCCUCUCUCCCUGCCUCCCACCCAUUGCCUGGCUUGCAAUACCUCCUCUUAGGAUAUAACCGACUAGAAACAGUGUAUGGGCUGGGGAACGUGGACAGCAGCACCUUCCUCGAUCUUUCCAACAAUGCGUUUGUGAACUUGCAGGUGUUUUACGAGAUUAUGGAGCGCACCACAGUGACUCACCUUCUGCUGAGGAACAACCGCAUAUCCAGGUGCACCAUCGCACCUACCAACACCAUCCCCAAAAGCAACCACCUCCAUCACCUGGACCUUUCUGGUAACUUCCUCCAACUAAUGUGGGCAGCUGGCGAGUGCUGGAAUGUGUUCCACAACCUCUCCAACCUGACUGAGUUACUUCUCCAGGGGAACUAUCUUGCCAAGCUUCCCCAGGGUGUGUUCAGUGGCUUAGUCUCCUUGAAGAGGCUUAACCUGUCCCUGAACUCACUGACCCAGCUCAGCCAUGACCUCUUCCCCAGCAACCUCGAGAUCUUGGACCUGUCCAGUAAUCGCCUCAUUUCACCCGACCCAGCCACCUUUAGCUUUGUCAGGCAUCUGGACCUGAGGAACAACCAGUACAUUUGUGAUUGCAGCCUCAACCGCUUCAUCCUCUGGCUGAAACGGACUGAGGUGGACUUGGUGGAACCCCUGACCCAAAUGGUUUGCGCCUUCCCAAGAGGGCUCAAGGACGUUCCCCUUCACUCUCUCUCGCCAGGCUGUGGGAUGGAGGAGAUGCAGUUUGCCCUGUUGGUCACCAUGACCACAUUGCUGGUGACUUUCGUCACCUCUGUUCUCCUCUACACUCACUGUUGGUCCUCGAUCCUCCUGCGCUACAGGGCACUGGCCAGGACUGUCCUGGAAGGAGGCAAGGCAGAGACGGGCAGGUUGGGCUACAGGUUUGAUGCCUACCUUUGCUUCAGCAGCCAGGACCUGGAAUGGGUGAAAGACAGUCUGCUCGUAAAUCUAGAGGAGAACCAGUUACAACUGUGCGUCGAGGAGCGGGACUUCACUCCCGGGGAAGACCAUAUUACCAACAUACAGGAGGCCAUAUGGGGCAGCAGGAAGACAGUGUGUGUGGUCACCAGGCGCUUCUUGAAGGAUGGCUGGUGCCUGGAGGCAUUCAACAUUGCCCAGAGCCGCCUCUACCACGAGUUGAAGGACGUUGUGGUCCUGUUAGUGGUGGGUUCCCUGAGGGACUACCAGCUCCGGAAGUACAAGCCCCUACGGUCCUAUCUGCAGAGCAGAGGGUACCUGCGCUGGCCAGCCAAGCCCUGCGACCAAUACUGGCUCCUGCAGAGGCUGGCUGACAAGAUCCGUCAGGACCCCAAGCAGAGAACGGUCAGAGCCAGGAGGAAAACAUUUCUGGGUCUCCUCCCCUGGAGGAAGGAAACGGGAGGGAUCAGGUUGCAGAGGGUGGUCACCAUCUCUGGCUGACUGGUAUGCUAACUCGUGUCCUUGCUGGAUCCUGGGGAGCAGAGAGACAAAAGUCACUGAGUCAGAUUGUGUGAUAGAAAUGGGGAGGGGAAGGAGGAAGAGGGAGAUAACAUUGGAGAUGAAGAGUAAAUGGAAGGUGGGUUACAGAGGGAAAGAGCAGGAAAUGGAGACAGAUGGUCAGCCCAUUCACUGUCCCACCCAGACUCAUUACAUCAACACACUGACAAAUCACUGACACACUUAGUGAGCAGUUGGACCCCAACACUGAUCUCUGGGGUUUCCCAGCAGACACCACCUGCCACCCAAGGAUCCAUUUAUUCCCAUCCACAUUUACUUUCUGUGAACCAAUUCCCAGUAAAUACCAGUUCAUCCUCCACAACUCCCUGAUCACCAACCCAGUGCAGACCUUUUUAACAGCCCCAAAACACCAUGUUACUAGUCAGAUCCUCAAACCCUCAACAGCGCAGUCACACUCGAUAUCCCCUUUAGAAGUUCACACUGACUUUGCUCAAUUAUUGUUUUCAAGACAUUUUAAUAUUUAUAUCUGAUUCCAACAUUUUCCCAACUACUGAUGUCCGGCGAACAGACAUGAAUUCCCUGUUUUCUCCCUCCCUACAGGAAUGUUGGGGUUACAUUUCCACCCUCUAAUCUACAGGAAUAUUUCCAGAAUGUGUAGAACUUUCGGAUGUCGCCUGUGUCCUCAGUAUCAACAGCCACCUGCUACUGGGAUGUAGAACAUCAGGUCCUUAGGGAUUUCAGCUAGUGGGCUUUAUUUGCUUAUUAAUAUUUCCUCACUUAUUCUUUGUCCUGUUUUAUCUUCUGCAGACAGAUACAAGUCAUUGUUUACCUGAGAUUGCUGGAGGGUCAGAGGGUAGUUAUGGAGGGGAGAGGAAUUGAUGUCAGUUCCUUAUCCCCCACAGAUGCUGCUUGACCUGCUGAGUUUCUCCAGCAGUUUAAUUCCUGCCUACAAUAGUUGGAAUGGAAAUAGUUUGCUUUUGCUAGAAGGAGGAAUGAAUUCCUGUUGUGGAUGGCUACAUCUGAUUCUGUCAAAAAGGCAGAAAGAGCAGAGGGAACAACCAGUGUGGGAUAACAGCAGGGAUUGAGUGUGUCGACCUGCAGAAAGCUCAGCGUUUAAGAUCAGAGGGAUACAAAGGGGCAGGGAGCAGCAGACACUUUAAAGGCAAAAUAGGGACAACGUAGACAGCUGCUGGAUAAAUGUAAAAUAAACCUUUUGGAUUAGGAUUAGGAUGUAAAGCUUCAGGUAAAAGUAUGAAACCACAGAGAAAGUAAAGUUAGAAGGUAGAGGAGAGAAAGAUGCAGAGACCAAAACCUGACCAGUGAUUUAUCAGAAAUUUAAAUUAUACUAUGGCAUCAUUCCCCUGUGGUUUCUUGUACUGUAUUGCUGUUUGCAGUGCUUUAUGCUCCUUGUUUUGUUACUUGUUUUUAAAUAAACUUUUCAAAGGAAAACCGAGCUGUGUUCACAGCAUAACAACGGGCCCUUUGGCUCACUGUUUGCGCCUAUCUAUACUAAU